AUGACAAAGCAAAGAUUUGUCGGAACUCAACUUCGUCCCGACGAAGUCGAAAUCAGCUAUUCUAUCAAGGACUGGUCUCUCGCCUCCUCAUACCCCACCACCACCCUCAACCCCGACCACUCAUCCAAGCACCGCAAACGUCUCCGCUGGUACAUCCGCGUCCACCCCUCGGGCAUGAUCGAAGAUCUCCUCACCGGCACAAAAUCGUCCAACCUCUUUUGCGAGCUCGCCCCCUCCUCCCCGACUACUGCCCCUGCUGCUCCUCCGAAAGAUCUACAAGCGGCGCUGGUACCUGCUUACCCGGAUGUGAGGCCGGGGAAUGCUUGGUGUCUACCGCUGGAGCUGUUUGUACCACAUUUGGAUCGGGUGUUGGAAGAUUUGGGGCUGGAGGUGGAGUGUAGGACGGGGAUGAUCACGAGCUGGUUGCCUGGUAUUUCGAGGCAUGGACACAUAGCGUAUAGGAUACUACAUCGGACCCAAAUCGACCCGACCAUGAAAUUGACAAUCAUCCCGCCCCCUUCCGUCUUGAUCCGCAUAUUUGUCCUGUACAAGGGCAUAUCAACUGCAGAACUGCCGCAGUGGGAAAAUUCCGGCGUCGCGCACGCCCAGUCUGGUUUAGAUUGGAGAGAUGCGGUGGGAUGGUCUCCAGAGUUGGCAAAUGAGACCUUGUUCCGAGUGAUAGAGUAUGGGGCCAUGGAGGUGCAUGAUGUCGAAAUAUGA